AUGUCCUCGGAGGAAAUGAAAGAUCUCCCCCUGGAGGAGAAAUACCUGCAACCAGAAACCAGAGAAGUGAAUGGAAUCCUCCUGACCCAGAUAAUAAGCGACAACUGGGAGAUCUGGAAUUUCCAAGCCAAGCUCAUUGUAACCUACGCAAAGGCAGGCGCGACCUGGACCCAGGAGAUUGCGGACAUGAUCCAGAACGACAGGGAUGUGCAGAAGAGCCAGCGGGCCAGGACCUUCGACCGGCACCCUUUCAUGGAGGGGGCCCUCCCCCCGCCGCUCAACUCAGUGCUGUGGGGCUCCUGGUACGAGCACGUGAAGGGAUGGUGGGACACCAAGGACCGGCACCGCAUCCUCUACCUCUUCUACGAGGACAUGAGGAAGGAUCCAAAGCGGGAAAUUCUGAAGAUGCUGAAGUUCCUGGAGAAAGACGUAUCAGAGGAAGUUCUGAAUAAAAUCAUCUAUGACACCUCCUUCGAUGUAAUGAAGCAAAACCCGAUGGCCAGCUACAGCACCCUGCCCACCAGCAUCAUGGACCAACGCAUCUCUGCCUCCAUGAGGAGAGGAGUCAUUGGAGAUUGGAAAAAUCAGUUCACUGAAGCUCAGACCAAGAAGUUUAACGAAAAUUAUGAGGAAAACAUGGCUGAUACAUCUCUGUCCUUCGGCAUGGAUCUUUAA